AUGCACCUCCGACGGCAGGCGCGUGAGAGGCGCGAAUAUGUCUAUAAGAAGGCGCUCGAGUCAAAACAACGACAGAUCUACGAGCGCAAGCAAAAGAUCCGCGAAGCGCUUGCAAGUGGCAAGCCGCUGCCGCCCGAGCUGCGCGGACCAGAGGCGCAGGAGCUGGCCAAGAACCUGACGCUGGAUGCCGCGCAGGCCGAGCCGGGGACGUCGAUUGACGACGAAUACUCGCGCGCGGGGCAGUACGACCCGCGCGUGCUGAUCACGACGUCGCGCAGCCCGUCGUCGCGACUGUCGCAGUUUGCCAAGGAGCUGCGUCUCGUGUUCCCCAACUCGACGCGGCUAAACCGUGGUGUCUAUACGAUGAACGAGCUUGCGGCGGCCGCGCGCGCAAACGGCAUUACGGACAUGAUCGUUGUCCACGAGCACCGUGGCGUGCCGGACGCGAUGGUCGUGUCGCACUUCCCUCAUGGUCCGACCGUCAUGUUCACGCUGCACAAUGUGACACUGCGCCACGAGGUCGCGAGUCACAGCAACAGCACGGUGAGCGAGCAAUACCCCCACCUGAUCUUCGAUGGCUUCGGCGGCAAGCUAGGCGAGCGCGUAAAGAGUGCGCUCCGGUUCCUCUUCCCCGUGCCCAAGGACGAUGCUCGGCGUGUCAUGACGUUUGCGAACAAGAACGACUUUAUUAGUUUCCGCCACCAUGUGUUCGUCGCUACGCACCGCGACGUGCAUCUCGCGGAGGUUGGCCCACGCUUCGACAUGCGCCCGUACGAAAUCCGUCAAGGCACGCUCGAGCAGGAGCAGGCGGAUGUUGAGUGGGUGCUGCGUCCGUAUAUGAACACGGCGCGGAAGCGCAGCCAGCUGGCCGGUAGCUCUGGGUAG